UGCUGUGUUAACAAACCUCAGUAGCCCGCGCGCACGUGCGUGGGCCUCGAGCACAGCGUGUGGCAAGAGAAGCCAUGGCUCUCUUCAAGCAGGGGUGUCCAGCCUAGGGCCCGAGGGGUUUGUAAAGCGGGGCAAGGGGAGGUGUGCCCCGCCACCAAAGUUGAGGGUGUGGGGAGGUGUGGAGGUGGCAGCAUGGAUCCCUGUGCUGUUUAACACCGCUGCCAACUCGAUCCAGGCAAGUCGUUGACCGUCCUGUCUGGGAGGAAGGCUGGCCCGCUGCUAAGGACAUCGCACGUGGGGGACCUCGACCUCCCUGACUGCAAAAUGGCUGAAAAAUGCCUACCCCACCGGGGUGUAACGAGGAUAAAUCCACUUCAAACUGUGAGGGACUGGGAUGCCGUGGUGGGAGGAGCUGCAUGAAUCUAUCAGAGGAAGUUAAGAGUCAAGAAAGCAUUAAACACAUUGAAACAGCAAAUACAUAAGACGAGAAACGUGUCCAGGAGCAGUCAAAUGACACCAGCGGCCGUGAGAGAGGGCUGGGUAGCGAGACGGCUGGAGAGGAGGACUGAACUGGCUGCCACCGGACACGAGGGAAAUCGCACGUAGUUCUCGGUGCGGGACAAGCUGCCCAGCACUGAAGCUGGGACUCGCUCUUUGCUGCAGCGGUUGUGAACGUUUGCGAACAGGAACUGGGGCAGCGGAGAAGCGCUCACCACUGAAAACAGAUCUUGUUUUUGGCAGUUAAUUCACAUGUCAUCAGAAACUGCAACCAUUACCGUUCGCCUUGUCCGUUCCUUUGAGCACCAUAAUUUCAGACCUGUGGUAUAUCAUGGAGUUCACUUGGACCAAACCGUAAAGCAGUUUGUUGCAUUCAUAAGGAAUGAUGUGUCUUCAAGAGCAGGACUUCCACCUCCUUUCAGAAAUUACAAAUAUGAUACAAUGAAGAUUAUUCACCAAGCACAUAGAUCUAAGACCAAUGAACUUGUAGUGAGUUUGGAAGAUGAUGACAAACUCAUUUUGAGAGAUGACAGCACUUUGAAAGCAGCUGGAGUAGCAAAUGAAACCGAAUUAGCAUUCUUCUGUGAGGAAGAUUACAGAAACUACAAAGCUAAUCCUGUUUUGGCUUGGUGAAGAUCCCAAGGAACCUGUUUUUUUUUUAAUUUUGUUUUCUUGUACCUGUUGUAAACUCUUUAUUUUGUUGUAAUAAGUUUGGGAGUUUUUUUUGUUUGUUUUUUUUUUAAUGUUCAAUAAAUUUUAGAGGAUUGUU